AUGGAAGAGCUGCCGCCAUGGAAAGGAAGAUUAUUGUUGAUAUUUGGAGGUGUUUUAGGACUACACAGGCUUUAUAUUCGACAAAUUCCCGAAGCAUUUAUUUAUUUUUCGACGUUUGGUGUAUUUUUGUUAGGUUGCUUAUAUGAUAGCUUCUUUUUUCGGCAGGAUAUCGAUAAUUACAAUGAGCUGGUUCGCGAAUACAAAGAUCCGCAAAAUAAGGAGAAAUACAAAAAAGGGCGAAUGCAAACCGCGCAAAUGAGAUAUGUCGCAUUCUCGUUCAAUCGCUUCUUGUUCUCGGUUCUUUACGGAUUCUGGAUUGGAGUUUUAACGUGGCUGGCGGCUAGUGUGACCUUCGGAUGGACCGAUAUCGAUCAUGUACCUUUUAUUUGUGUUUUGAGCUCCGGUGUGACCGCAGGGAUUUAUUUAAUCGGACAAUGCGGUGGUCAAACUCGCGAGCUUAGCUAUAUUUGGCUCGCCGCGUUCUCGUCGUCAUUUCUGCUGAUAAGAAUUGUUCACGUCACCGUGUUUCGGGCUUUAUUCAUCGCCGCGAUUAUCGCGACCGUCAUCGGGAAUCGAAGUGCCCGGAUGCGCUCGAUUCGACGACGACAUUCGCUUAAACACUUUGUGUUUUGGGCCUCAUUAUAUUGUAUGCUAAUGUGCGUUAUAAUUCUCGGAUGCUCUCGAAAAAUCAUGGAUAAACAGAUAACGGCAACUCGACCGGGAAAUUUUCGAGAAACAGCGUCUGUUGGAAGUCUCAUUAGGGAUCGAUUCUUCGACACAAAACGAGUCCAUAGUUUUUUCCACGGAGAUCCAAAGAUCGAAUACCAUUCGAAAAGUGCUUCGGAUGAUGCAGAUGAGUACAAAAAUUAUGAGAAAUCAAAUGGAUUUUGGGAAAAAGUGUGGAGUGGUGAAAUGUUCGAUGAGAUCACUGGAGCAGCACAUUUGACGAAAAUUGAUUGGGCCGAAUUAACAACUGUAUUUAUCAUCGACAUUUUCCGCGGCGAAAGUCGAGUGAUUGAUGGCAAAUCGACGAUUGAACCCUUCCAAUGGGCGGCUUGGAGGAAUUAUUUAAUUCAUAAAUUCGACUUUGAGCCGUUAGUCAGCGACGACAUCCUUAAAUCUCAAUGCAAAAAAUGGCUGUCCGACAAUGAUUCAGCGGAAAAGGCAAAUAUAUUUCCGAUUUUUGAGAAGCACAUCAUUAUUUUUUUUCAGAAACGACGAGAAAAAGAAUACAAAGAUUAUGCAGCUUUAGCAACAAGAAAAGCAUGUGCCAGUCUAAUGUCAUAA